GGGAGGAGUGAACUGAGCGCGAGGGGUGCGAUGAUGUCAAACCUGCAAUAGACUAAGUUUUGCCCUUGGCUUUUCCUCGCCACGGGCACAACGAUUUGAGGAAAAAUGAUUGAUUUUUGGGAAAGUUUCUGAAGUUGUCAAUGAGAAUUGCUUUUGGUAUCGAAAUAACACUGAAUGAGUAAUAUACUUACUUUUGGAAUUAUUCUAACGACGCAAAACAACGCUGCUGACUACAGCCGAUAAAUGAAAUGAUACAGGUUAUAUGUGAGACUGUAUGAAUGCCCAUCAUGACACUGAAGAUCCUUCCUCUGUUGGAAGUCAUUAUUGUUGCAGCCUUGUGCCUAUUCAAUCUAACAAAUGCAGAUGAGGCUGUUGUCCGUGCCAAGAAAGGGGACACUGCUGUGUUGACUUGCAGUUUACCAACCCCUGACCAAGGCAGUUCAGUCCCACAGCAUGUCAUAGAGUGGGUGCGUCAGGACUAUGAUAUCGCCAUCCUCAUCCAAUUUGGAGUGCAUGACCCUCGUGUGCAUCCCAACUAUGAUGGUCGAGUGUCGCUCAUCAAGGGCACAUCACUGCAGGUUAGUGGGCUUCUCCUGGAGGAUGAGGGCUUGUAUGAGUGCCGCAUUCUCCCUCUGGACAAAACAACAGAUGAGACUGAAAGCAGUGGAAGCUGGACUCUACUCUCCAUCACGGCAUCACCUAUGUUUACCGAAACUCCACCUCCUGUCAUGGAAGUAUUUGUGGGUAGACCGCUAACACUGAGGUGCACUGCCCGCGGAAACCCACGACCCACAAUAACCUGGACUAAAGACGGAGGGCCAAUAAAACCUCAAAAAAAACUGAAAUUCAUGAAUGGAAGUCUAUCUUUCCAUGCUGUAAGCAGAGAAACAUCAGGCCAGUAUCAGUGUCAUGCCUUCAAUAAAGAAGGAAAUGUAUCUCACUUCACAAAACUCAAAGUCAUUGGCCCUCCAGUGAUCAUAAUUCCUCCAACGGACACUUUUCUCAACAUGUCCCAGGAUGCCAAGCUGAAGUGUCAGGCAGAAGCAGACCCACCCAACAUGACUUAUGUAUGGCAAAGACAAGGGGAAGACAUCUACCACAUUGAGUCUCUGAAGUCUCGUGUAAAGGUCAUAGUGGACGGCACACUCCUCAUAUCACGCUUGACUCCAGGGGAUUCUGGGAAUUACACCUGCACACCCUCUAAUGGACUCCCUCUGUCCCCCUCUGCCUCAGCUGUCCUCACUGUGCAGCACCCUGCUCAGGUGAUUCAGAUGCCCAAGCUGACCUUCCUCCCGACAGGCAUGAAGGGCAUAAUUUCCUGUCCUGUUACAGCUGAACCUCCACUAUCACAUGUUGACUGGACCAAAGAUGGAAACCCGCUGGAUUUAGGAAUGUAUCCUGGAUGGACACUGACCUCGGAAGGCUCUAUCGUCAUAGCAACCGCCAAUGAUGAUGCUGCGGGUGUAUAUACAUGUACUCCCUACAACAGCUUUGGGACAAUGGGCCAGUCUGAGCCCACCAACGUUGUACUACAGGAUCCUCCAUCAUUUAAAAUGUCACCUCGUAAGGAGUACAGACAGGAAGUGGGGAGGAUGCUUGUCAUACCAUGUCAGAUGAAUGGUAAUCUGGCUCAAAAAAUUAUCUGGAAAAAGGUUGGCACAGCCUCUCGCUCGCUGUUCACUCUAGCAGCGAAUGGCUCCCUCAUUCUGCACCCUCUCAAUAAAGACCACCAGGGGGAGUGGGAGUGCAGCUCCAGCAACCAAGUGGCUACUGUCUCUGCCAGAACAACAGUGCUUGUGCUGGGUACGAGUCCUCAUGCAGUGUCCUCAGUGUCUGUGAUCCCAGGAAUAAACCAAGCCAAUGUGUCCUGGGUAGCUGGUUUUGAUGGAGGAUACACCCAGAAAUUCACAGUCUGGUAUAAGCAGUCGGCAGUAAAGACAGAGGAAAAGCAGGAGUGGUUGUCUUUUCCAAUCUUGUCUACAGAGAACAGUUUGUUGGUCACUAACUUACUUCCUGCCACUGAGUACCAGUUCAGCAUCAUGGCCCAAAAUAAAGUUGGCACUGGACCCUUCAGUGAGAUCGCCAUAAUCACAACUUUGGAUGCACUUCCUGUUGUGACCAAGCUGGAACCGCCUACAGGUCUCUCAGUUAAUCAGAGUUCAGAGGGAAUUCUUUUGUGGUGGUCAGUGCCCCAGUCCAAGUCUCCACCAAUUGACGGUUUUGUUGUCCAAUCACGUCUUGAAGGGCGGGAAUGGGUUAACCUGAAAGAACACAUUAGCCCAAAUGAGAGCCAGUUCUUUCAUUUGGGGUUAUGUAAGGACUGCAAGUAUGAGCUUAGGCUUUUGUCUUGGCGUGGAGAUGAGCUGAGCAUUCCCAGUCCAUCAAUCAGUGUCUCCACUAUUGGAAUGACAAUGCCCCCAGCCAGCCCCCGCCUCCUGGAUUUUUCUGAUCAGCUAAUGGCUGGUGUCAUGGGUGGAGUGAUACUACUUUGCCUCACCCUUAUCCUAGCCCUGGCAAUAGUUUGUUUCAUAUUUCACAGAAGGGGCCAAAGGUGCAGACAGAAUAUGAAGGAUCUCCCUCCUGCAAUAAAUAAGAACCCACCUAUGAAAGCUGACCUAAGCAGCCCUGACAACACCUUGAAACAACAGCUCUUACCAGAUCAUCCACACUCCUACACUUCCUCCUCUUCCGAUCACUCCUCCCUUGACAAGUCUAGUCGCAGUGAUUUUCAAGGUCAGCGACAACAUCUUCUGUCCCAAGCUAACCCUCCAUCCCAUCAUUCACUCACUGAGAGCCACCUCCAACGGGCAUCGCUUGCCCCUAUGAAUUUGGUUGAGUUCAUUGACAGAGGGCCUGAUGGUCGCUUUACUGUCCAGCCUUGUGAAGACGUUAAUGUUGCUAGAUCUAAUAUAAAAAGGAACCUGAGUCAGAACUCUCACUGGUCAUCAGAUGGAAAUAGGAGCUUUUCAAUCCAGAAAUCCCAGUCUUUGAGAUCCUACAGGAAUGAAAGAAAUCCACCAUUUGUCCUUUCUGUGGACCUUCCACCUUUUGGAUCAGAUGUUCCAUCUUCCAACAGAACUCGUGUUAUGGCUAAACACCUCUCGUUGAAUGGCCAUUACUUGCCCAUUCGGGAGCAAGAGUCCUUUGAUGGACAAGACCAGACAAGUAUCUGUUCAGAUAGUAGUGGCUCUUUUCUCUAUCCUCAUUCAGAAAGUACUCUGGGUCGCCAAUCCCUGAAACAAGGUAAUAGCCACUCUGCAGCAAAUACUCUGGUUUUGCAGAUGGAGCAUGAGAGGGAACAAGGAAAUUUGAGCCGCUGUUUGACUUUGGCACGUGAGAGAGAGGAGAUUGAACGGGAGUUGCGUAAGUACACUGUUGAACCAAAUUCAUCUAUCAACGGAAAUAUAGCUGACAAAUAUGGAGAAAUUUUGCCAACUGGAGAAACUCAGAGCAACUACCAAGCCAUGAGACAAAGACUUUUAUUUGAGAAUACUACCGUUUUGAAGGGAAGAGCUGUAUCUUGUAUUCCGUGGGAAGCAAGACACAGAAUUUCUUCUGCCAGCUUGGUACCUUUACAUACCUCUUAUGGAAAGGAUAACCAAUAUAGGCUGAAUCCUCAUGGUUGUCAUACAAUCCAAAGAUCCAACUUCCAAAGGUCCAGAAGUCUAGACAGAGGGGAAUGCCAAAAAUCACACACAUGGGACCGAAGGCGAAGCAGAACACCUGUUGAUUCAAAUCUCAGUAGAAUGAUAGAUGGGCCUUCAAUUUAUGAAGUGGAAAAGACUCGAGCUGGUGAAGGACAUAGUCAGAAAAGCAUCUGUAAAAGUCAACAACAUUUCGACCCACAUAUACAUUCAUUCUCUGACAAUCAGCAGGGGUGGAAAAUAGCAAAAAGCACCAGACAGAUGAAUCAACCUGGUGACUCAUCAGAGAUGAGUGUGGAUGGACCUGACCUUGAGAGCCAGAGGUCUCCAUAUUCAAGGUCCAUAAUGGUCUUGGACCACAGUUAUGAGACAUUAGACUAUGAUAGACCAAGGUUAUCAGAACUUGAACAGGACAGAUCUAUAGAGCAAAAGUUGGAGUCAGGGGUUGCAGUUUCAAGGAAAAACCAGGAAAGUUUCGACAAUUGGUCGAGCAGAAUGGGAUCUCCAAAGGAUGUGUCUGGAACAAUGCUUCGGAAGACAAAAAGUCUGGGGUCAGACACUUGGAAUCGGCACAAGAGCACCCAUAGUUUAGACUCUAAAAAAUACAAGGAGCAGUUUUUGCCCCCUGAUGCCUGGAUUGACUCUCUGACACAUGGUCGAGAUCCUACAGUGUCCCCCUUCGCAGGCAGGCCUAACUCAGUGGCAGAAAAACCAAAAAGUAGUCCCAAUUUGCAAGCAGAUUCACUCAAGCCUUCAGAAAGUCAGUUGAAAAACCCUGACUGUUGGGCCUCUAAACCCCCUGGUAGUUUUACCAAUGACUCAGAGUCCCACAAAAACCUAGUGUCAGGACAUCACACACACGCCUUGUCACCAGGGGAUUCAAGCUGGCCUAUGUCUUAUACCCCUUCUCUGUCAGUCCUACCAUCUGGCAGCCAGAGCCAAAUCCAAGAUGAGGAAAGAGAUGAGGAAGCCGAAUAUGGGCAAGAAGUGGAUGUGGAAAUUAACCGAUACAGGAAAAGUUCAGAGACGGAAGGAAGUUAUAGGAGCUAUGCAAGCCAAAGCAGUGGCCGAGGCAGCAUGGAUGCCCCAAACAGCAGGCAGUUCUCUUUCAGCCCACCUCUCACCAUCUCCCCCGAGACCACAGUGGAAAGUGACAGAGAUGACGCAGGCCUACCAAAGCAUGAACUGCAAGAAAGACCUAGGACAGCCUCUGUGGAUGAGAGCUACGAGUGGGACUCUGCAUAUGUCCCUAUGCAUUCUGUGCACCCCAAAGCUUCAAUAAGCAAAACAGGCCUACACGGAGAGCUCCUUAAACAAGAAAAGCAGAGCAGCAUUACUAAGCUUGACUACAGGCCAGAUUUAGACCUGAAACCAAAAGGUCUUUUCCCUCCGGCUGAUUUGAAGAUAUCUGUUCCACUCUUUGUGGCUCCCACUAGUCUUUCCCCUCGCUGUGAGCAAGAAUCACUCCUUGCUAUCGAGAUCCGAAAGAGCUCCAUAGCAUUUCCAAACCUAGAGCCUGACACUGUUCUCUUCUGAUUGCAGCUUUGCCUCUACAGCAAGUUAUCUUCAUAUUUUAUGCAUUAUCUUCUACAGCAGAGAUGUUAGAUUGAACACAACAUGGUUCACGUCAACACACACCCAGAUGGUCAAGAUGAGAAGGGACACAGGAUGUCAUCAUUAAUUGGACAUCUCAGGACCACUCAAGCAGCAGAACAAAACCCUAGAACAAGCACUCCUCUCCCCAACUAAUGGAAAUGAUCUGAUGGGUGGACAAAACCAAAACUGUCUUUUAAAAAUCUAACAUUACGCACUGGAGUUGCAAGUUAAAGGAUGAAUAAAUAAUAAAGGACAUUUCUCGGCACUUUGCUGUUGCCGAUGAGACUAUUUUCUUAUGUUGAUUUGAAAUACACAUUUUUAAUAAGCCCCUUUCAGAGUUGAUUUUUGCAGCGGCAUUAGAUUGUUCUAUAUUUUCUAUUUUGACAGUAAGAGCAAAAUAUACUUCAGAAACCACAAAUAAAGUUAAACUUUAUAAACUGGUAUAGAAAUAUUUUAUUACACAAAACAAAAACAAAAAACAAAACAAAAAUAAAUUUAAGAUAUCAAACAAAUUGGACAUGCACUUGAAUGCCUCCCUGGAAUAUUUCACUGAAAAGUUUGAUUGAAUACCUACUUUUCUUGACAAUCAUUGUUCCUCAUUACCUACUCGUACCUACCUCAUGCAAAGCACAAUCACAAUUUAUAUGAAUUCCACACAUUUUUAACAGUACAAUACCAUUCUUGUGGAGUAAAGCACUGCAUUGAUCAGUUUGUGGUUGUGCACCAUCCAGACCUUGACAGCACCGAUAAUCGAUUGAAGCCUUUGAACUUUUAACCCUAUAAGGAUAAAUAACCUCCAUUGUUCCAUAUCUUCCAGAGACCCAUUACUUUCUGUUUAAUCUUGAAAUCUCCCCCUUUUUUGUUUCUCUGAUGGCGUGUGGGUUUGUUUGUUUAUUUUGAAAUUUUAUCAUAGAUAUCUGUUUUUAUUUAAUGGUGUCUGAUGUUAAGUUUGAGCCAUUUAAUGAGAAAUCAAGUGUUAAAUUAAUGUGAUUAUUUGCAUCAGUGUCCUUUUUUAGGUGAAAUCUAAUAAUUUCAAGUGCGACUGAAAGGAAAUGAUUAGAAUUCACUGCAGGUCACAUGAGUUAAUUACGCAUCAGUCUGGUCCUUCUGCUUACACUGACAGUACCAUGUUACAUAAACAAUAAUUGAGCUUUACUGUUAUAAACUUUUUUACACAGUUUAAAGAAACAUUUCAGUUCGGACUUGCUUUUCAUUUUCAUUUUUAAAAGACACAUUUUAGAGACUAUUUUCAUACGAUAAAUGCUACUUUAUGCAGUAUAUAGCCUAAUUCUUUCAUUGCUUCUGAGUGUUUGAAGCACUUUAUGAAAUUUAUAAAUACACUGUGACAGAAAGUCCAUUAUUUCCUCUCUGCCUACAUGAAAUGUUUCAUUGUAGCUAUUGCCGACUAGGCAACUCAUUGAAUUUAUCUCAGUUUGCAAAUAUGUCUAUAUGAAAUUAAUUGUUAUCUUUUAAACUUUUAGUUGAAGUGUAAAACAAGACUUUAAAAAGAUUUUUUGUUAGUUAAAAUUGAGAAUUGUUCCAUGCAUUGUGUCAGUAACUGUUUUAUUUUUUUCUGUUUCUUUUGCAUACAAUUUGUACCUACAUUUUUGUUACUUUUAUCAAACUCUGAAUUGUAUUUCUUGUAUAGUAGAUUUAUAUAUUGAUUAAAGGCAACAAUACAUUGAUUUGUGUUUUUGUAGAGAUACUACAAAGACAAAAACAGGUGCUAUAGGUGCUCUAUACAGUAUUUUCCAUAUCCACUAGGAUGUGCUGCUCUUUCACAAAUGCUCUCUUUUUUACCUUGAAGCACUGCAAGCAUUCUCUAAACAUUUUUUUUUUAAUUAUAAUUAUACACUUUUUCCUGCCAAAAUAAGACCCUGAAGGACAUUCUGAUAUUUUCUAAAAGGAAUCAGAUAAUUGUCGUUUUUUCUUACCACACUGUUUCAUGCGAACAUCUGUGGGAGCCAUUCCCAUCUCUCUUUUUCUGUCAAGCAGCAAAAUAUUCUCUUUUUUUCCCCCAUUCCAUUUGUGACACUGACAGAGAACUCUCUUUUAGUUAUUGGAGUGUGAAGUCCUGACAGGUUACAGAUGCACACUUUAGCAUGUGAGCUGAACAUAAGGAGCAUAGACUCCAUCAUUAUCUGAGGCUCCCAGCACUGCCACAUGCUACAUUACACACAGCUGAGGUGAAAGGCAAGAAAAAGAGAGAGAAAAAAAAAAAAAGCAUCCAUACUGCAUUUUCCUCAAAUAUUUUGUUGGUUUUCCACUUUGAGUUGUACUCUUUCCAAAUGCAGUGUAAUGUUGCGCUGUUCAUUUACGCAUGUCUUGUAACUGUAACAAUGGUAA